UUUGGGUCUGCUGGCAUGUUCACAAAUGCAAGGCCGUAUCUGCUGUUAGUGGCAGUUCAAUUUGGGUCUGCUGGCAUGUUCAUAUUUGCGAUGGAUUCUAUAAAGAAGGGUAUGAGCCAUUACGUGUUCAUCGUCUAUCGUAAUGCCAUCGCCUCUGUAUCUCUUGCUCCCUUCGCAUUUGUUCUUGAAAGGAAAGUUAGGCCCAAGAUGACUUUCCGGGUAUUUUCAGAGAUUAUGGCACUGGCUUUCUUCGAAAUAAUGCUGGACCAGUGCAUCGCCCUCUUGGGCAUGAAAUUCACGUCGGCAUCUUUCCUAUCUGCUGUUAUGAACUCCGCUCACUCUGUUACUUUUGUGAUGGCUGUCAUUCUAAGGGUAUAAAAUGUGGUAUUUAUGGUGCCAAUUCUGCAGAAUGGAUUAUGAGCAU